AUGGCACCUACAGAGAAUCUAUCUACUAUUACAUCAAAAUAUGUCCCAACUCUUACUGCAAGAGCUCUUCCAAAAUUAACAUUAACAACAACCACAUUCACCACCCCAAGUAUAGAAAUCCCCAGGACUAAUAAUAAUCCAUAUAUUUGGACCAAUCCAAAUAAUGUACUGGAUGGAACUGUUUUUAUUAGUAUAGGUGCAGCAUUGGGUGGGCUUAUUAUUACACUUUUAUUCAUUAACUUAUAUUUAUCUUAUACUUCCAAAAAAAAUACCAAUUUGGAUAAUUAUAACUAUAAUAAUUUUGAUAAUGAAAAGGCAAAUUUCUUAAGAUUAGAUAGUAAUCCAUCUAGUCUUUCGAAAAAAAAUAAAAAAUUAGAAAAUUCACCUUUCACCAAAUUUAAUAGCACUUCAUUAUUAUUAAACACGUCCGAUCAAGAUAGUUUGGAAUAUGAAAUAUCUACAGAUAUGGCAUCCACGAUAGUGGAAAAUGGUAAGAAGAAAGUUAUCAAAAAUGAAACAAGUUUAAGUACUUUUGAAUUCAAAGAACCAUUCUCACCAAUUAAUAAAUAUACUUCCAAAAUUACAAAACCAGUAAAUUUAAAUCGUACUAAUAGUACCAGUACAAGAAAUAGUAGAAAUUCACAAAACUUGAAUCCAUACCAAUAUACUGAUAAAAGAAGUUCUUUAUUUAUAUCACCCACGUUUGAAAUAAUGCAAAAUGAAAAACGUCAUUCUAGAAAUUUAUCAUUAAGUGUUAUUUCCACAAUAAGUCAACAGAAUGAACUUCCAAAACAAAAUGAAGAAAUUAAUCUACCACAACCUUUGCAUAAAAAACAACAAAAUAAUAGAAUCCCUUCUGUGUAUUUAAAUGAAUUAUAUUAA